AAUUCCAAAUUCCAAAACCCACCCCCGAGGCGAGGAAAAGCACCGCACCCUCCUCGCGAUACAAAAGGCGCAGAGAGAAAGUGAGGAGCGGCCCCCGUACCGCAUCCCACCACCCCGGCCCGAACCCCUGCACGCCGCAACCGCCCGCCCGCCCGCCUGCCUGCCCGGCCGCGAUGAUCCAGCUCCUCUUCACCUUGCUGGGCGCGGAGGCGGGCGUGGCGGCCGUCCUGCUCUUCAAGACGCCGCUGCGGAAGCUGGCGAUGCUCGCGCUCGACCGCCUCAAGCGCGGCCGGGCCCCCGUCAUGGUGCGCACCGUCGCCGCCACCGUCCUCGUCGUCCUCGCCUCCAGCCUCCACAGCAUGGCCAAGAUCCACGGCCACGCCGGCGCCGGCGAGCUCGACGCGCCCGGCGCGCUCAGCCCCACCGACCAGGUCCUCCUCGCCCGCCACCUCCUCGAGGCCUCCCUCAUGGGAUAUAUUUUAUUCCUUGCUCUCGUCAUUGACCGGCUACACAGCUACAUCAGAGAGAUGCGAGGGCUGAAGAAGAACCUGGAGGCUGUGUCGAAGCAGAACAAGACCUUAGAAGAAGCAAAAUCUGGAAGGUCCGACGAGAGCAAGCCACACCACAACGACAUUGCUUCGCUGAACGAGGAGAUCAAGAAGCUGAAGCGGCAACUGAAAGAAAAGGCGGAGGAGGCCAAGGAUGCAGAGGCCAAAGCACUAGCUGCCCAGACGCAGUCUGAAGGUCUUGCGCGCAAAUAUGACCGCCUGCUGGAGGACAACAAGCAUCUCCAUGACCAGCUGCAGUCAGGAGACAUCCCGCUGUCGCGUUCGGAUGGCAAGAAGAAUGCCUAAGUUGUGGUUGGUCCUCAUCAAGCUAGUCGGAAACUCCUGCAAGCCUGAAGACAGUUGCGAGAUGAAAAUGACGUCGGUUACUGAUAAUCAGCCAUCGGAGUAGUACCAUCUUUACAUAAAUGUUCUGGUACUGUGUACCAGAACGCAAAAAUAUCACUCAACCUCUUACAGCCAGGUUAGCCGAGACUAUGCGAAGAUGCUCGCCUGUAAACAUCUGAUGGUGUUCGACUGAAUGUUCUUAGUCUGAUCAAAGUCGUAGUUAGAACAUGAGAGGUAUUCAUAUCUCGACAAAUCUGGCUGCUGGUUGUCUUCGCCAUCGA